CUCGCCAAGAUUGGCCGGGCGCCGGCGGAAGGGGCGGGGCCUGCGAAGCGCGCGCUGGCGAUGGCGGGCCGGCGCGGGGCGCUGAUCGUGUUGGAGGGCGUGGACCGCGCCGGCAAGAGCACACAGUGCCGGCGGCUGGUGGAGGCGCUGAGGGCCGGCGGCCACCGCGCCGACCUCCUCCGCUUCCCGGAGAGAACAACGGAGAUUGGACAGCUGAUCAGUUCCUACCUGACGAAGGAGAAGGACCUGGAGGACCACACCAUUCACCUGCUCUUCUCAGCUAACCGCUGGGAACAUGUGCCCCUGAUGAAAGAAAAGCUACAUCAAGGGAUCACACUUGUGGUUGACAGAUAUGCCUUUUCUGGAGUGGCCUUCACAAGUGCUAAAGAGAACUUCUGCCUGGACUGGUGCAAGCAGCCUGAUGUUGGACUCCCAAAGCCAGAUCUGAUUCUGUUUCUUCAGUUAAGACCAGAGGAGGCAGCAGGACGAGGCAGCUUCGGAACCGAACGUUACGAGAACAGCUCCUUCCAAGAGAAAGUUCUGCAAUCCUUCUACCACCUGAUGAAGGAUGAAACAUUGAACUGGAAGACAAUGGAUGCUUCAAAGACCAUAGAAGACCUGCACAAAGAAAUCAAGUCCAUUGCAGAGGAAACCAUACAGGAGGUUCAGAAUAAGCCUUUGGCAGAACUCUGGAAAUGAAGCUUUUGACAGACUAUUCUCUAGAGCCCAGGGCUGCCCCUGGUCAAAGACAGCAGCAGGCAGGCAAUAUCCUUCCCAGUUGAUGGGCCUCAACUUAACUGCCAUGUUCCUGAUUCUUGUGUCUCUAGUAAAAGCAUUCCCUGUGUUCAU